CCGGCGGCAUAUUCCAGCAAAGGGCGAAAGAAAGAGAGCAUGAUCAUGAUCAGGUGGUCCAUUCCAUCCACAGUGUAGAAAUUGGGUCUCUCGGCAUCGCGAGCGCGCAAGAACACCACGACACAGUUCCAAUCCUCGGACCAAUCCAGGAAUUUUCAGGCGAGGGCGAGCGAUCCAUCGGCGCUGGAGAAUUGGUGCUGUGGAAGUGGUGGAUGAUUAUCAAAUUUGGGCAGUGUGUGAUCCCUUCCACUAGCGCGAUUAAACAAUCGAGUAUUCUAAGCUCGCGGCUGGGUGGAUCGCACAUGGAAGCGGUGUUUGUUUAGGCAGAUCCAUCGUGGGGGUGUGAGGAAUUUGGCGGAAUUCCGCCAGAAUUGGGGAGGAUUGAGAUAUGGCGGCGCCACGGACUCGGAGGAGGAUCUAUGGCACUGGUGGUAAUGGUGGUCGGCUUGGCGCCGCUUCUCUUCUCGGCUAGAAAAAGGAAAGAGAGGCUCUAGCUAGCAGCUAUGAGGAAGAAAAGAGGACGACGAGGACGAAGAACUGUUCUUGGAGAAAUCCCUCCUUCGUCGUCAAUCAUCGCCGCCUGCUCCUCCUCGCUCUAGAUCUUUUCUUUCUUUUUCCUGUUCUUCCAUUUCUUUUUUUCUUUCCUUUUUUUUCUUCUCCUUGAUCCAUAUGCACCACCACCACCACCACCACUAUGGCAUGCCCUCCUCCUCUCCCUCCGCCUCCGCCCAGCAGCAGCAGCAAGAUCGACCAUCGCCGUCGCCACCAUCGCAGUUACCAUUCGCGACGGCGGCGGCGACGACGAUCGCCACGACGACGACGCAGCAGCUCCUGGGCUCGUCUAGAUCGGGUGGUGGAGGAGGCGGAGCUGCGAUUCCGCCGCUGCCCAACUCCUCCUCCACGUCCUCGCUCAUGUUUAGCGGAGGAGGAGGAGGAGGACUCUCCUCCAUUUCUUCCUCCGCCGCCGCUAGCGUUGCCGCCACCACCGCGACCGCCGGCGCCGCUACUGCGACCUCCUCCUCCGCCGCUGGCUACCACCUCGCCCCUCAUAUUCCCUCCUCCCACCACCACCACCACUUCACUCUCUCCAGGCCGCCGGAUCACCACCACCACCACCACCUCGCUUCUUCUUCUCCUUCUCACUCUCCUUUCGCUUCUCCGCCAGCGCCACCACCACCAGCACCUAGCAACUCCGCCGCCGCUGCUGCUCCGCCCAAUUCGAUCCUCCUCCACCACCACCAGCUGAGCAAGCACCAGCAGCUGAUGCAGCAGCUCGGCCUGGCGCGAUCGUCCGGCGAUCAGGAGCCGGAUCCUGGCGGGGUUGCAGGAGGAGAUGGAAAUUCAGUAGCUCCUCCUCCACCGCCACCGCCAGCGGCUCCGCCCAAGAUCAAUGUAUCUCAGCCUGGCGGCGCUGCUCCUCCUGGACCUCCUCCUUUGGCGCAGCAAGACCACCAGCAAAAAUUCGAUGAGGAGGGCGGGGUGGACGACGGCGAUCGUGGCGGGGGUGGUGGCGGGCAGCGGUGGCUCAAGGAGGAGACGAGCGCGCUCAUCAAAAUCCGCAACGAUAUGGAUCGGAGCUUUCGAGACUCGCCGCUCAAGGGACCACUAUGGGCGGAGGUUUCUCGGAAACUUGCAGAGCUGGGAUACCAGAGGAGCUCCAAGAAAUGCAAGGAGAAAUUCGAGAACGUGUACAAGUACUAUAAGAAAUCCAAGGACGGGCGCGCCGGGCGGCAAGACGGUAAGAGCUACAGGUUCUUCGCCGACAUGGAAGCUCUCUUUAGCGGCGCCGCCGCCGCCGCCGCUGGCGGCACUGCUGGCGGCGGCGGCGGAAGCCCAAGCAGCAACAUCGUCUCGCCAAUUCACUCCGCCAAUCCCACCGUCACCGCCAACACCACCAGAGCGAUGAUCAACCCCUCCGGCCAUCAGCACCACCACCAACAACACCACCACCAUCCAAUCCAUACCGCCGGCGGUACGCUGCCAAACGCCGCCGGCGCCGCGGCGGCAUUCCACGACCUGGGGGACACUUCGGAGACUUCCGACGACGUGGAGGAGGAGCAGGAGGACGAGCACGAGUAUGAAGAGGGCACCGAGGAGAGCUCCCGUAAGCGCAAGCGGUACGCCGGCGGUACCGCACGGUGGCGCGUCCUCGAGGCCAUGAUGCGGCAGAUGGCGGAGCGGCAGGAGGCCAUGCAGCGGCGGUUCCUCGAGGCCAUGGACAAGCGCGACGCGGAGCGCACCGCGCGGGACGAUGCUUGGAAGCGGCAGGAGGCGUUGCGGGUGCGGCGCGAGCAGGAGCUGCGGUCCCAGGAGCAGGCCAGGAUUGCGACGCGCGACUCGGCUCUGGUGGCGUUUCUCCACAAGGCGUGCAGCGGCGGCAUACCGCCGCAGCAGACCCAGCAGCUGCUGGCGACUCUGGCGUCGAUCGUGAGCAACAGUGGCGCCGCGGCCGCCGCCGCGGCUGAUCGGACGGCGGAGAUAUCACCAGGCCAGCAGGUGGUGGAGGAUCACCACCACCACCACCACCACCACCCCGACGGUACCGCGCAGCACGAACUUGUGGCGGUGCGUGGAGAGUCCGGGCAGCACGGUGGCUUUGAUCCGGCCAGCAAGAGGUGGCCAAAGCCGGAGGUCCUUGCGCUCAUCAAGCUCCGGAGUAGCAUUGAGGGGAAGUUCCAAGAGACCGGGCCCAAGGGACCGCUGUGGGAGGAGAUCUCCUCCGGGAUGUCGUGCAUGGGAUACAGCCGCAGUGCCAAGCGGUGCAAGGAGAAAUGGGAGAACAUCAACAAGUACUUCCGCAAAACCAAGGAUAGCAGCAAGAAGCGGCCCGAGAAUUCCAAGACGUGCCCGUAUUUCCACCAGCUGGACGCGCUCUACCGCAAGGGGGUGCUGGGCGGUACGCGGCUGCUUACCGCGGGCGGUUCAGGCGGCGCCGCCGGGGCCGGGGGUGGCAAGCGGGACGAGCUGGUCAACUCGGGCCACAGUACGGCGGCGACUUCGGCUAGCGGCGGUGGCGCGGGGCUGAUCGUCCAGGCGGCGGACAUGCUGGCGAUCGUCCCGACGGGAAGGGAGAGCAACGCGGCGGCGGCGGGGGCGGCGGCUCUGCCGGUGGUGGCGAGCCCAAGCGCAAACAAUGGUGGGGAGAAUUGCUUCUCCGGGCCCGAGGAGGAGGAAGAGGAGGAGGAGGAUGAUAACUCCAACUCCACGAGUGGCGGUGACAAGGAGCAGCAUGGAAACAAUGGGAAUGGGAAUGGCAAGCAGCAGCAGCAACACCAGCAGCAGCAGCAGCAUUCUUUGAUGGGGUCGCUGCUCGAUCCUUCCAAUGGCCACCACUCUGGAACUUCGCUACAGCAACAGCAGCACCAGCAGCAUCCGACGCCACUGGCGAUGAGCUUCGAGGCCGCCGACCUCUUCUCCUCAAGCAGCGGCAUCCUGGGAGAGUUUGAGAGGCGCGAGCAAGCGGCACAGCAAAACGGGAGGCGAUGAUGAAAGCUCCGCCAUCUUUCAAGGGCUUUCGACUCGACUUCUUUCUUUCGCGGCUCGAUGCAAGCAUCGACGAUUCAUCUUUGCACACACGCACAGCACAGGUUACGGUCGCCCAACAGUACAGGGGGGUUCUUUUCUUCGAUCACCAAGAGUGUACAUUAGCUGUAUCAGUACAGUCUAGUGGUGGUACUUUUAGUGUCGUCAGCAGCAGGCAACCAGGGUCCGUUUUCUCGGUUAUCUCGGGGGAAUAACAAUAAGCCAGGCAAGGUGGUGGGAAUUCAAACAGGUGUGGAACAAGCUUGGAAUCUUUCAGGGGAUGGAUUGGUCGCGAGGAAACUAUAAAUAUUUCAUAUACUAUAGCUUGUAGAGAGGUACAUAGGAUCAUCGGUUCGCUCCAGCAAGUUUGGGAUUUUCAGCCAAGUUUGUGAAUAUGGGAGGAUUCUUCGAAUUCAGUCCGGUUUUUUGUGUGUGAAAGAAGCAUCAGCAGCAGCAGCAGCAGCAGCAUCAACAUCAGCAGCGGUAGAAGCUUUGUGUAUAAAAAGUUUUUUCCUUUUUCCUAAUCGGGGAUUGGGGGGCCUCGUCGAUUGAUUCGAUCAUACGUUGUCUGCUGCUGGAGUUUCUCUCUUCGUCCAAGGAAAAUAGGCUACGGUUUUUUAUACUCCUUUUUCCUUUUUGUUUUGGUUUUUUCUUUCGGAAUUUUUGUUUCUAUACAUCUAGCAGCAAGAGCCAGGCAGCAGGAAGGCAGGCAGGCAUUUGCAUUGCAAACAGCAGAGUGUUGUUUCUCUCGUCGCGCCGGAAUUCUUUUCUCCAGUGGAAUAAAACAAGUUCGUCAAAA